AUGAUUCCAACUCUGAUGUACGUGUUUCUGAAAGAGAAGAACAGCAAGGUGAGGUUGAAGCUCAUGGGGCCAAUUAUUAAUUGUAGCAUGCAAUUUUUCAAGUAUACCAUCAUUCUUUGGCGAAGAAAAGAGAUCCAAGAAGGAUUACACGCGAUUAGAUAUGAUUGGAUACAAGCCACGGAAGAAGAACGAUUGAUUUUUCGCUCGAAAAUGAAGAUCGGAAGGAGGGUUGUCUUGAUCGCUGCAUUCACUAUGUAUGGCGGCGGUUUAUGCUAUCGGACGAUCCUUCCCCUUCUGAAGGGAACCGUCAUUACUGCUGGCAAUGUUACUAUUAGACCGUUACCUUGUCCCAGUUAUUUCAUUAUUAUAAACGAACAACAAUCACCGAUUUAUGAAAUAUUGUUUGUGCUACAAAUUAUGGCUGGAAUGGCAAUUUACGCAGUGAUCAGUGGUAGCUGUGGUAUUUCCGCACUGUUGGUCCUUCAUGCGUGCAGUAUGCUGAGAAUCCUAGUGAAUAAGAUAAAGAAAUUAGUGGAUAAAUCAGAUAUGUCUGAAGUGGUGUUGCAAAGAAAGAUCAUGGAUAUUGUUGAAUAUCAAAUGAAAAUAAAGAGAUUUUUAAAAAAUAUUGAAACAGUUACAGAAUAUAUAUGUUUAAUCGAAAUAAUCGGUGGUACGUGUCUGAUCUGUCUUGUGGGUUAUUGUAUUCUAAUGGAAUUAGAGAAUACUAAUACAAUGGCUGUCGUGGUCUAUAUCACGUUACAAAUAUCUAUCAUUUUCUGUGUUUUUAUACUUUGUUACAUUGGACAAAUGCUUGUAGACGAGAACUACAUUGUAAGCCAAGCAUCAAGUACAAUAAAUUGGUAUCGUCUUUCGAUCAAAAAUAUGCGUUGCUUGAUACUAAUUAUCGCUAUGUCUAAUUAUCCAAUGAAACUCAAAGCUGCCAAAAUGAUGGAAAUGUCUUUAAUUACUUUCACCGAUGUUAUGAAAAUGUCAAUGGGAUAUUUGAACAUAUUACGUGAAGUCAUUUAA